AACAGCUGUUGAACGAGUGACUUCCAAAUCGACAGCAAAGGGGGCGGCUGGAUAGCGAGUCGCCCGCUCAGGAGAGAUUCUGGGUCGGAAAUAAAGAUCUGGGAGUCAUUUAUAACCAACCAGACGAGUGGAUGGGCUGGCCCAAGCGGUGUGUAGACUGAAGAGAUUCUAACUCAUGCAAGAUAAGCAGUUACGUGGCUCACGGUCACGCCGCAAAAAUCCUGGGGGCUCUCCUCCGCCUGCUUGUGGUCCCGUACAAGGCGCUUCCCACCCUGGGUCUCUGAGCCCAGUCGGUGAAAGACGGAAGGAGACCGAUUCACAGCGCCAACAGCACCGGUGAUAUUCCCUCUGCCACCCCUUCCCCUGCCCUGCCCUCCCCUCCCCUGCCCUGCCCUCCCCUCCCCUGCCCUGCCCUGCCCUGCCCUCCCCUCCCCUGCCCUGCCCUGCCCUCCCCUUCCCUCGAUGUCUUCCUCCAACAGCUGACGAAGCUGGAUUCCUGGGCACCGCCUCUUCCGUCCGCGGCGCCCGGAGACACCCGGAAAUUUGCGGGCGCGCCGGAAGUUGAGGGGAGUUUCCUGCGAGCUCGGCUUCCUCAACAUGGCAGCGCCCUUGUCAGUGGACGUGGAGUUCGGAGGUGGUGCGGAGCUCCUGUUUGACGGUAUUAAGAAACAUCGAGUCACUUUGCCUGGACAGGAGGAACCCUGGGACAUCCGGAACCUGCUCAUCUGGAUCAAGAAGAAUUUGCUAAAAGAGCGGCCAGAGUUGUUCAUCCAGGGAGACAGCGUGCGGCCAGGAAUUCUGGUGCUGAUUAACGAUGCCGACUGGGAGCUACUGGUCAGUACCUUGGGGGACAUCCCUCCCCCAGCCCCUGCCCUUGCUGCUUCAGUGGGAAAGUGUUGGGCCUCUCCUCAGGCACGUAUAGAGUGGCUGGGUAAUCCUCCGCCCCACUCCAGCCCCACACUGAGGCUGCUGGAGUCUCCCACUCCAGGUGAGGAAGGGAUGGGUAGCUGGGGACAUGGGAGUACCCCUCCAUCCUGAAGAUUUGCAGGUUGAGGUAUAGGAUACCCAUUUUUCUGGUAGAGUCUGUCUCUUCCAGAGCAGCCAGUCCUCAGCCCCUGCUCUCCCAACUCCUGGGGUGGACCUGGGAAGGUGGCCCUGAGGGUCUCCCGCUCCCCUCUCUCCCGCACCAGGGUGAGCUGGACUACCAGCUUCAGGACCAGGACAGCGUCCUCUUCAUCUCCACUCUGCACGGCGGCUGAGGGCCCUUCUCUGGGCCUGGGCACCCUUAGAGGGGAGAACGAAGCAAUCAGACAUCCCCUUGGGCCCUGCUUCCAGGUCUCCCUGUCCCCCUUGCCUGCCUUCUUCCCUGCUCUGUCCCCCAAGCUCCCUCCAGGCAGGGAAAAGAGGCCAAGUGCUAAAAAUGAGCCUUUCUCAAGCACGUGAGCAGCGGAAGGCAGACAGGCGCCAGAGCCCAGCACUCCCUUUUCCAGCAGCUGUGGUGGGGGAGGGUUACCCUCUGGUUUGUCAAGAGUGGAAGGAGGCUCUGUGGCCAGGUGACCUGGCUGCCUUCCACUCCUUGUACCUCAGUCUAAACAUGGAGUGGCCGCUGACAAGGCGCUCCAGCCCCAGAGCCCGCGUCUUCAUGGGGAAGAUGAAUGGACCUGAGUAGCUGAAGGAAGGCCCCUCCCUAACCAAAGACUGGAGGCUUCUCAGCCUCAAUUUCCCUGUCUGGACAGCUGAGGGCUCUGCCUGUCCCCCACUGCUAUCAGUAUGGAACCCCACCUGGGGUCCCCUAUUGAGUGCUGACUCCCCCCACCGCCAGCAGCUGUUCCUCCAGCCACACCCCUCCUUCUGCUCCCCCCACCCCUAGCCCUUGACCCUGGCUGGCCUGCCCCCCUCCACAGGCCACCAGAUGGGCUCCUGAGACCCUCCCCAGGCUGCUUACAGCUCAUUCUGCUGGGGGUAGAGAUGAGGGGAGGGAGUAAGUUAAACCUUGGACUAGCAAGUAGAAGCCUGUGGGGAUCCAUGUGCCUCAGUUUCCUCCUCUACAACUGAAUAUUUAUGGUGGCUGAAAACUGGGGAGAUACUUGAUGGCACAAAUGUCCAUUUUCUUUCCCUUCCCACCUCCUGCAAGAAGCAGGAUGGGGCAGGCAGCACCUGGUAGGCAGAGUGGUUUGCCCCUCCUCCCCUUCCCUUCUGGAAGUCUUGGGGCCUCAGUGCUUGCAACAGCCGGCCUUGGGCAAAUAAAAGACUAAGUUGUUUACUA